UUCUCAUCUCACCAGGACAACCACCAGAAGAUCUAUUAACAUACAGGGCGUCUUCAACUAUCCGGCUGCCACAACAUGGCUUUUAGGUUCUCUACUAUCAGGCGAUUUUUAUCCGUCAACCUCGCUUUUAUUCAUAUCUCUUGUCUAGCCUUAGCUAUCUAUCUCUGUCGCUCAUUCAUGUCUCGUAACACUAUCUGGAUCAUCGGGUUUCUAGAAGUCGCACUGGUACUUCUCUUUGUAAACUCAGCUGUCGCCAAGCCGUUGUUCAAACAUACUACCUCCGUAUUGCAAGAGCUCUGUAGCAGCUUUGCUACUUUCGCAUUGAAUUCAGUGCUAUCUCUGCUCGUUGUAUCGCUUGAGGUCAACGACAGAGAAAUGGCGCGUUUGAAUAUGGGUCGCGCGAUCCAUGUCUGGAUUCGUAUCGUACUCGCCGUCGUAUUCACUCAGUUCAGCUACACGAUCAUUCUAGUUAUUUUAGCUAUGUUGACUCACUUCUCGUUCGACAAAAACGUAUGGAAGCGCGACAUCGACUCUUCGCCUGCUCCGUUUCCCUUCGCGAUCAUCGUCUCGAUCCUUCUUCCUUGCUUCUUGCGUCGUCCUGAUCUGACUCUUCCACCUUUCCCGUCUGGUCCUGCCGAUGCUUCACCUGUGAUUCGACCUCCGUGUAAUUUUCCAGGUACCUGUGGAUGUCCCGAGAAACCAGUUUCACAACAAGUAUCAAGUCUAAGCAAAACUGAAGACCAGAUAUCAACAUUAUCAACUAUUCCAUUGAACUCAGAAGGCAUUACUCGAGCUCGCCGCACGUCAAUAGCCGAUUCGGAAGCACGUCUUAGCAUCAUUUCCAAGAUUUCAAGAAAAAGUUCCAUCACGACCUCGCAAUCACUAGUGCAAGUCCCCAAUGCAGCACAACGGAGGAUGUCGUUUCCUCUCACGCUAACCAUGUGGUCGGAUGAAAUGGAGUAAUAUCUCUAUCCUAUCCAGGCAAAUACUAUCUAGAGUAGAAUCCUACCGUCAGAUUAUAUGUUUAUUCCGUAGCUAUCUCAAAGUGAAUCUCAGCGUGACAGAAAUG